CACAGCCUGUUUUUAUCAGUGGUGCAUCAGGAGCCCAAUGGAACUUUUUUUUUUCAUAUUAACCACACACACAGUUUGCAUAUAUAUUUGCACGAAAGAAGUCAGGCAACAGCACACACAGUGUGGAUACAACCAGAGUGUGACAAGACUUUUUACUUUAAAAGAAAACAGGAUGGAAUUUGAAAACUUGACCCCCUGGCCAAGUGCUACUACUAAAUGAAACAUUAAAAAGGGGGGGGACAAUCCAAGAAAAAAAUUUCUCAGAAAGGCCAACUGCUGAGCAUGACAGAGACUGAAUUACUCAUUAGAAGUGACCUCUCCAGGACAGAUCGGAGGCAUAUGGAGAAUGAGCCCAAAUAUUUGUUGUCUUUGUAAGCUAUUCAGAGAAGACGAAAAUGGGAUCACUUCUAAAGUGUCAUUGGAGGAAGUGCUACAGUGGUCCCAAUCUUUUGAAACGCUGAUGACUACUAAAUAUGGGCCUAUAAUCUACAAGACCUACCUGAAGACAGAAUACAGUGAUGAGAACAUUGAAUUCUGGCUUGCAUGUGAAACUUACAAGAAGAUUGAAUCACGGAGGAAAAGGAUUUCUGUGGCCAGGAGAAUUUUUAAAAAUUACAUUCAGCCCCAGGCGCCUAAAGAGAUUAACAUUGAUAGUCCUGCAAGGGAAGCUAUUAUCAGGAAUAUUCAAGAACCAACUCAAUCCUGUUUUGAUGAAGCUCAGAGAAUAGUUUACAUGCACAUGGAAAGGGAUUCAUAUCCCAGGUUUCUUGGAUCAGAAAUCUAUCAGAAACUCAAACACAGGCCUUCAGACUGACAGCAAUGACUCAAUACAUUAAAGAGGGAGAUUAAGGAUUUAGCAGAAGAGACUUCCUUCUGGUUUAUUAAUGUUUUCAAAUGGUAAAAGAAGAACAGAAGAAAUCAGGCAAUGGAUGAAUUUUCCUUACAAAGAAUGGUAGUUUGUUCUUAUGCAGAUAUUAGAGCUGAACAUAAAAUACUUUCCACCCUCCACCUCCUCAGUGAAAUAUUUCAGCUUUAUGUCAAAAAAUUGAAAGCCACUUUUAGUUCACCUCAGUCUGUCUGGAAUUUAAAAAGUCAUUACGGGGAAGAAUCCUAGGACCCCACACACUUACCACAAUCCAUGGGAAAUUAGCUGCCUCUUGUCCUUCUCCUACCAGUCAGGGAAGACUAGUUCCACAUCUUCAUCAACAUCCAUCACUAUCCAAGGGAAGCCACCAUCUGUGUUAGAAAUAAAAGUGCUGCGGUUUAGAAUGAUAGUUACUGUACCGUAUUGUAAACUCUAUAAUUCACAAACUAAAAUUCAGCACAUUGCCCAGUUAAUCAGCUAAACAGUCUCAAGUGUAAAGAGAAACACAUGCACAUUACAUUUGAUUACACAAAAAAUACAUCAGUUUUCAGCAGGCUCCAAGGAUAGUUGUAAUUGUAUCCGGGGGUAUUUAAGCUACUGUGCAUUUUGUGCCCAAAUGCUCUUGGAUUAAUAAAGUAAGAUACAAAGCAGGUUGUUAAACCUUAGAGGAGAGAUAUGGAAUGCUUUUGUUUAAUAAGUCAUGUUGGGAACAGCUUCAUAAAUCUGGCUAGCCAGGUGCAGAUGGUAGAAAAUAAACACCUAGAUUAGUUCUGCAUGACUUGUGUUUUCACAGCGCCGUACGACGUUUAUUAUGGAUAGCCCUAUAUUUCAUGCCACUCACAUUUUGGCAGAUUCACCUGAUCUGCCUGUUCACUGCACUAUUCAAAGUAUAGCUUUUGCUCCUUUAUAAUUAGAUUGUUUACAUCACUAUCAGGCCCUCACACAACAAACGUAUCCAAAUGAAAACAUUUCUUGUAAAUCUUUCAUAUAUAAAACCUAGAGGGGAAACAAUGGACUAC